GGAGAGAGAGGGUGUCCCGUCUGCAGACAAGCAAAGAGCAGCUGCAGCCUUCACUUGGCGUAGGAUUUUCACCGCAUUGCGAAUUGAAAGGAGAGGGAAACAAACACAAAUAUUUUUCCCCCUUAAGGCGAGUCUCGACUCACCUCUAAGACCAAGAAAAAAAAAAAACAUUUAUACUGUCCAAAGAUGGUCGACCGUGAGCAGCUGGUGCAGAAAGCCAGGCUGGCCGAGCAGGCUGAGAGAUAUGACGACAUGGCAGCCGCUAUGAAAUCGGUAACGGAGCUGAACGAGGCCCUGUCCAACGAGGAAAGGAACCUCCUGUCGGUGGCCUACAAGAACGUGGUGGGCGCCCGCCGCUCCUCCUGGCGCGUCAUCUCCAGCAUCGAGCAGAAGACGUCGGCCGACGGCAACGAGAAGAAGAUCGAGAUGGUGCGCGCCUACCGAGAGAAGAUCGAGAAGGAGCUGGAGGCGGUGUGCCAGGACGUGCUCAACCUGCUGGACAACUUCCUGAUCAAAAACUGCAGCGAGACGCAGCACGAGAGCAAAGUCUUCUACCUGAAGAUGAAGGGCGACUACUACCGCUACCUGGCCGAGGUGGCCACGGGCGAGAAGCGUGCCACGGUGGUGGAAUCGUCAGAGAAGGCCUACAAUGAGGCGCACGAGAUCAGCAAGGAGCACAUGCAGCCCACCCACCCCAUCCGCCUGGGGCUGGCGCUCAACUACUCCGUCUUUUACUACGAGAUCCAGAACGCGCCCGAGCAGGCCUGCCACCUGGCCAAGACCGCCUUCGAUGACGCUAUCGCCGAGCUGGACACCCUCAACGAAGACUCCUACAAAGACUCCACGCUCAUCAUGCAGCUGCUGCGAGACAACUUGACACUGUGGACAAGUGACCAGCAGGACGACGAGGGCGGGGAGGGCAACAACUAAACAGGGAAAAAAAGAAAAAGGAAAAAGGGGGCCUCUCCCGAGUAGAGAAAAUGAAAAAAAGAGUACCGUAAUUGCGAAAAAGGCCGGUGGACUUUGGCAGCCGCUUUUGCCGACGACACUCGCGCGGCAGCAGUUCUUUAUUUUUCCAUGUGUUUGAAGAAACGAAUGAAAAGGAGAGGUUAGGUUAGAGAUGUAGAAAUAUACAGUACAGUACACACACGUGCGGUUGGAAGGGUCUCCGUCCUGGUCUUCUUCAUUUUCUCUUUGACAUUUGCUCCACUGAUACGUUGUCGGCCAAUCGGGCUGGAGCGGUCGUCGAUGUUGUUGGGCUGAGACGGCCGCCUCGCGCCGGCACCGGAACUGGUCUGUCGAGACGAGCUGCUUACUUUCGAUUCAUCCUAUUUCUUUUUUGCGUGAUAGCGCGGCAUCCUCCAGGGAGAACGUGCGUCACCGCUUGGCUCCAGGAAGUAGUCCGAACCCAGGAAGUCCUGACUAAUUUCUAAUGAAUUGGCCGUCGUUUGGAACGAUGCAUUGUAUUGUUGAAAAAGAAUAUGCUAAAAAAAAAUAUAUAUAUAUAUAUAGCACACACUUUUGGCGGCGAAGCAACAAAAAAGAGAGAAAAAAAACAAAGGAAUGAGCAACUUCAGAGUUUGUAGUUUAUUCCUGUAUUUGUUUUCAUUGAAUGCACUUGCCUACUCUGCUGUUUAUUCAGUGUACCAUGACGACAAACCAUCAUAAUAUUCAGUAUUGUGCAUGCUGGUGAUGUAUUUAUAUACGGUAGCUUGACUUUAUCGACUUAUACUGUGGGUGUUGAGUAUUCUUAUGACCGAGAAAAAUGACGCAAGCCUUCUAAUUUAUUUGUGUUUUUCUUUUUUAAAGAAUGAUUUGCUCUACCGAAACGGUGAUCGUAAAAAAAAAAUAAAAAAUAUAUAUAUAUAUAUAUAUAUUACAAAAAACGGAGCUGUGCUGAGCGUUGCUUUAGUGACAUGCAGUAUGUGUAUUUAAUUUCUUAACGACACAACAAAAUCAUUGAAAAAGAAAAAAAGGACGCUAGAACCUCACCGGCGCUCACGGUUAUCUUGCCGGCUGGUGUUUGUCGCAUUCAACUAUAAAUGAUGAUGCAUCGCUAUUAUUUCUCUCUGACAUGCUACCUGCUUUGAGUAAUGGUGACCCCCCCCCCCCACCCCGGCUUGUGUUUCUGUUCACGACAUGGACCAUGAUUGUUUGUUUUGAUACCUUCUCGCUGUUCCUGAGUGACAAAAAUAUAUUGAAUGUGAGUCAUUAUGUAGCAGUUGCACAAGAAACUCAAGUAAUAGCUAUGAUCAAUAAUAAAACAACAAGUUGAUGAUUGAAUGAUCAAUGCGCUGUUUUGGUGGUCUAGUGUAUUGUUGUGUUAUGAAGCCAUUUGAUUUCUUUGGUGCCAUCAUUAUUAUUAUUAUUAUUAUUAUGACAGGAUUGAUUCAAGCAUGUGUGCAAUACUUUUUAAGUCACUUUUGCAUGUGUGGUGAAUAUUCCUGUGCACCUUGAAGACAUCAUCUUGUGUUCUGACACGUCUCCAGAUGAGGAGCUUCAGCGUAAUCAAUGCAUCAUUAUGGUUCAGAACAGCAAAGGGGGCCUUAAAGGUCAUCCACUAAUGAUGUCACCGCCUUGACUCAGCCUCUGUGAGCGUACAGUUACGUUAUUUCACCGGCUGCUUUGCGUUUAUUUUUAGUAGGAAAAAGUCGACGGGGGCUGCCUCAAGUUGCAUGGAACCCCCCUUUAAAGCAGCCAAAAAUAGCCUCAACUGCUUUUUAUUUAUCACUGAUGAUUGAUUUGUCCUUUUUUCUUCUUUCUGUGUCACAAGAAGCAGGAAUUGGUUUGAAGCUGACCUACGAGGCUGUGAGCUAUUUUUAUUUUUAUUUUUUGAUGGCCAUCUGCUGCUCAUUAAAGUUAUUUUGGUUAUCUGCA